AUGGACACUGCACCUCAAGUUUCGAGGAUAGCUUCUGCAGUGACUCCUCUUGCCUUCCCUAAAGGAAAGAAAAAGCUUUGUGAACUUUGUGAAAGCGAAGCUCAUUUGCAGUGCACUAAGUGUCGGGUUACUUAUUACUGCUGUGCAGAGCACCAGCAGGAUGACUGGGAAGGGAUCCAUGAAAGAAUUUGUCAGUUUCUUGUUCCCAUCCGUACUCCGACAGCCCUCCAGCAAGGCAGUUGCGAGGAAAACCAAAUAAAAAAGGCAGAGCUAAUUGAGAUUUGCAGGUUGGUUGCUGAGAGCAAACUUUCUGAGGGUAAACAUCAAGAGAUGCUGCCCGCCGCCCAGUUCUGCCUGCGCUGCUCCAUCGAGGUCCACGGCCACCAUUCGGUUCAGCUCGUCCCUGCCUUCUUGCUGUUGGCUGAGGCCAACAUGGGCUUGGGUAAUCUUGCCCUUGUAAAGGAGUUGCUAUCACAGGCUGAGUGGGAGGUGUUGAAGAGUCCAGAGUGUGGUCAUUCAGUUCACCACAGGCUGCACAGAAGCAUGGGCCGCUUCCACGCAACCAUUGGAAACCUGGAAACAGCUCUGUUUCACUUUGCAAAUGACAUAUACUUUGCCACUGAGGAGUAUGGCCUGGAUAGCACAAUCACCUGUCGCGGCUUCUUUCUCUUGGCUGAUGUGUUUGUUAAACAGGGGAAGACUCUCAUCGCUCAGUCUUUAUACUCGGAGGUAGUACAUGCAUGGCACUGCCGUCUGACCAAACUCCUCGAGAACUGCAUGCAAAACAUCCAAAGUCCUGUGAAGUCAUCAUGCUCCUCUUAUGUUGCCACACCCCAGCGAGUUGAAGUGGAUGAGAUGCUUAGAGCCAUGUUAGCGUUUGAACAAAAUCACCUCAUGAAAAACUCUGCUCAGAUUGCACUGCUGGCCCACAGCCUGGCCAUGCUGUGGUUCCUCAGCGGAGACUCCCUCAAGGCGCUGGGAUUUGGCCGCACAGCCCUGCAGACCAGCCAGCUGAUACCAAAUCAUGACCUGACAGGAUCAAUCCGGAGCCUGCUGCAGCUGGUGCAGCCCGAGACUGAUCAACAGCCCGGUUCUGACUAG